AUGCUUCACAAUAACCCUUAUCAUUAUGAAAUUCAUAAAGAGAAUAAGUACGGACUCCCUUUAUUACCAAAAGAAAAUUUUGAGACAUUAUUUACAGAAUUAGGAAAACAAAGUAUUGGACUUUUAUGUCAACUUGACCCAACUCAUGCUGAGUUAUAUCAAAAAGAAAUUCCUAGUCUUAUUCCAACUGUUCCACAAGAAUUUAUUGAUAGUAUGCAUGAACUACUUGCUGGUUGUUUUGAUCCACAAAGUGAAUUAUUUAAAAUGAUGACAAGAAAUGUUGUAGCAAAAUACUCUGCUAUUUUAAGAUUUCUAUUAGAAAAAAAGUUAUACCAAAAAGAAUUAGAUAAUACCUCAAUGCUUCCUACUCUUUUUGUUGUUGCCUUACCUAGAAGUGGAUCAACAUUUACUCAUACCUUACUUUCAGCAGAUCCAAAAGCAGAAACCAUGUGUUUAUAUGAACAUUUAAGUCCAGGAGGAAAAACUAUGAUUGACCCAUCAAGAAGGGCCUUUGGUAAUCAAAUUAUUGCUACAGUCCAAAAAAAUAGUGAAGGACUCAAUGGAGUUCAUGCACUUGUUAAUGCUGAAAGGCCAGAAGAAGAAUUGUUUUUCUUAGAACAAAUGGGUCAUUCUUAUUUAUUUCCUAAUUGUGUUCCACGAUUAGAGGUAUAUAGAAAAUCAAUGUUUGAAAGAGAUUUUCAUUUUGCUUAUGAAUAUUUAAAAGAUCACCUUAAAAUGCACCAACUUGAAUUUAACGUUGAUCAAUCAAAACACUAUGUCAUGAAAGGAGUUUCUCAUUUUGUUUCAUUUGCACCAAUGCUCGAUGUUUUUGGUAAAUUAGAAGAUAAAAAUUAUUUUAUUUGGAUUCAUAGAGAACCUGUUGAUGAAUUAAAGAGUAAUGCUAUUUUAGAACAUGAGGCACAAGGAUGGUAUGAAAAUGAUAUCGGUCUUGAUGAUAAACAAUGGAUUUGUGAUAACCUUGUUGAAGCUAACUUACUUAAUUUAAAGAACUCAGUUGCUAUUAGAGAAAGUUGGAUUAAAGAAGACCCAAAAAGAGCAGAGAGGAUUAUUGACAUUGGAUUUAAAGAAGUUAUCUCUGAUCCUAUUGGAGUGAUGAAAAGAAUUUAUCAAAAAGUUGGAAUGGAAUUCACAAGAGAGGUUGAAACUAAAAUUAAUGAGGCGAUUGCUGAUGAUAUCCAAAAAAAAUUCUCAAAGAAAGUUGACCAAUCAUUCUGGUUGUUUGAUGAAGCAGAGAUAAGAGAAAAGUUCAAAUGGUAUUAUGAGAAAUUUGGUCAGUACAUGCCAAACUAUUGGGGAGAAAAAUAA